AUGUUGGCCAGCUUUCUCCGAAAGGUCUUUGAUCAUCUGGUAAGAUUUUGUUAUACUUUUACAACCUUUUAGGAGGCUUUCAACGCCAAAAAAUAUGUUAUCGUUACUGGCAAUGAAGCUUGCGAUCUGGACAGCAUUGCAUGCGCGACCGCAUUUGCCUACUUGAAACAACAGGUUGGUUAUCAUAGAUCUUUUGUGUAUCGUUUAAAAGGAGGCCAAAAGCGAGAACACCUGUUAUAUCCCAGUCUGCAACAUUCCGAUCGAAGAUAUGCCACUUAGAACAGAAGCAACACACUGGCUAAACAACUGUCGCAUCACCCCAAAGUCACUAUUCUAUCACGGAAGUGUGGAAAAACUUCUUGAAGAUACACUCAGGAAGAAUGUUGACCUAAUUCUAGUGGAUCAUCAUGAACAGGCAGCCACAACCAUCUUCAAAGACCUGCGAAUAACUGACAUAAUUGAUCACCAUCCGCUCUCGCCUGACUAUGUGCGCCCUCAGACAUGUAACUUUUUCCGAGUUGAGCGCGUGGGUUCUUGUGCGUCUCUCAUGACGGAUGAACUCACGAAGAGACUACCUCGUGAUCAGAUUCCACUAGAGCUUUGCCAACUCCUCUAUGGUACAUUAUUUUCUGCAUAAACCAGAGUUUUGCCCUCAGGUGCUAUAAUGGUUGACACACUGGGCCUAACCGACGAGGCUAAACUCGCGCGGAGAGCUACGGAUACAGAUUUUCUUGCUGCUCAAAAACUCGAAGAAUUGGGACGCGAUGAGCUGUUCAACGAGACUUCCUCUCGCGAAAGCAUUUACAAACAAAUCUCAGACGCCAAAUUCUGCAUAACAGGUACGAAAACAGACUAGUGUGCUUUCGUUAACUCACAACGGCAGAGGUGAACACAUCUUUUUUGUUCGUAAGCCGGACUGCAAAUCUAAUAGCCCACUUAACCUUGUUAGAUUGAAUGGGUGAGGGUUUAAGAGCACCACCGGAUCGAGUGGUAAAACUUAUGAGGGCCUUUGUUACUUAAGUGCAGUUACGUAACAACUAGGGGAAACUUGUAAAUACACCCACUUCUGGUCGUCUUCCGCCUUGCUCACUGGAUAUACAAACUAUGAGAUUUACCAUUCGACAUCCUUAACUUUUUGCCUGUCCACCUACUCGGAUCUUGUAAUUUCUGGUGAGACGCCUUUGGUCAGUAGUUUUAAUGGGGACCAGUAGCCUCUAAGGGAUGUUCAAUCAAUCGGUAAGAUCAGCUUUUACUCUCUCCUAAUCUUUUACUCACACAGCAGUAUUUCUUAAGUCUCGACGCGCUUUUCUGGGCUACCGCCAGGUUUCUUUACAGAAUUAGCUAUUUCCCACAUGAGCAUCUCAAAGCAUAAAAAAACCCUGUAUGCCCAGGUGUUUUUAUCAGGGAAUUUGGACAAGUACGCUUUUCGGAAUUUCUGAAGUAAUUAUACUGUCUGUCACCUGUCUACCGUGUUCUCACCAGGACUUCAGAUUACGGUGUCUAGCUGCUUCCGUUAAACAUAGACAACGUGACCACAUGGAAGACGCGUACCGACAAAUGGAACAUAAGUUUUAUCCCCAUGUUUUGUCUGUGGAUUAGGGCAGAUUAUCCAUUCUGCAAACCCAUUACAUCGUUUUUUUUACCUUUUAGGCCUUUCUCUUUGGGAUUUACUAAGGCGUGACAUGAAGCCUGUUUCCGCAAAGCCAAAAAUGCCGCCAGAGAUCGCCUGCUCAACCAUUUCCGGAAUGGACUAUCAGGUAGACAACUAAGAUAGCGCGUGCUAGUAAAAUGAAACUAUCAAAAGGUGCAACACGAGUUUGAUUGUGAGAGGCAUAACCGCUUCUAUGAGAACCAUUCUGCUAACAAUGAUUUUUUAAUAGUAGGGGACGCUCACCAAUCGUUCAUACGGAACUCACUCGUUCCGUUGUGCCUUACGGGCCCUCUCUCGAGCCCAACCAGCAGCCGCAGAGCGGCGCAUGAUAUACAGGCAGAAUGGCAUUACCGACAAAGACAAGGGAGACUGGGAUGGCCAUUUCUGGCUUAUUAGCCGUCGUCAGCCAGUCAUACCCAGCCCCGAAGUGUGCGACGCCCGAGGCUUGAAGUGAUUUUUUAGCUUUUUAAACUCGUUGUUCACGCGUGCUUUUUUGUUUGUGAGAAUCAUCUGUUCAUUAUUCCUUGCAUCAUCCAUUUAGGAGAUGACUGCGCGCCAGGACUUCACUAUUGCUGCCAACAAGUUUUGUCAGGACCACAAGGUCAAACUUUUGGUCUGCAUUACUGUUGGCCCUGUGAAAAAAGACAAUAGAGUGAGGAGCAUUGUGCUGAAUAAGGGCGAACUUCCCGGUAUGCGUCGCGGUCUGGCAAUUUUUGCAUCCCCCGAAAACCGUCAGUUUGCUGAGGCAGUGAGUUCUGCUUUUGUUAGAGUUCCCUUCUUACUCAUCUGCUUUAGCCAACAUUUAUCAGGACUGAUUCAACUGGCUGCAUGUUGCGCGCCCAGCAUAAUGAAUGGGCACUCUUUAGCAGAUUCUAGUGAAGUUGAGUCAGUUAACACUGCAGUCGCACAGACAGAGACUGCAAAGCUGUGGAUGUGAUCGAGGUUGGGUCUCGAUGCGUCUUCCGUUGUCCUACCCUACACAAUCGCCAGCUGGGACUGCGUUCGGGCUAAGUGACAUUCAGGACGAUUUCACCCUCAGGUCGACGCAGCGCCCGGCAGACCCAUUUCAUCUGGCGAUUAGAGAGGGCAUAAUUGAGAGGCUGUGUUCAGAGAGGUGGACUGAGAGGAUGAGCGUGUGCAUAAUCUAGGUGGUAGAUAUCUCCUGAACGCCCCUCUCACCCCUCUGGAAGGAUUGUACUGACUUUUACCCCUUCUAUUCGAAACUAAGUCUUAAAACUAAUCUCGAGCUGAUUCCAGCGGAUGCGGGGAAGUCGAAUGAAGACGAUGCGUGUCCAGUUGAUCAGACGAUUGGUGCUAUCCUUGCUUUUCUCGUAUGGCAGAAAUCUCUAACCAAGGUAGGAGGAGACAAAAGACCCUGGCCGUCUACUGUGACCAGGCAGCUGUCUCUGACCGUGAAGUUUGAAGCGAUCGUGAUUGUUUUAGAGGAGUUGAUUUUACGAUCUUUUUCGCUUUAUUUCACGCUUGUCUGGGACGUGGCGCAAAGGAUAUCGUCAGCAGUACUAUGUUCAACUACGUAGCCAAGAUUCGUAAUGCGCAGGGCGCUAUCUACUGGAGCAUUGUUUGGUGUGCUAGCACUUGCAGUCGAACAGGGUUGAUGUGAGAAUGUAACCAUGGUGGAUGCCGUAGGUGACACCAAAGAAGUCCCUUUCCUUGCCAUUUAUACGCAUUUUGUCUUUUAUUUUUUGAAAGACAGAAUGGACUGUUUUAGCACUAAGGGUGUUCCCAAGGUUCCGACGGAGUGCUAAUUAACACAUCCCCACCCCGUCUGGAAACCACAGUCAUUGUUUCUCGAUCAUAGAUUGUGAUGCAGGUAAAAGUGAUGUGGGAGGACAAAUGUGAAGUGUCUUGCAGCGUUGUCUUGGAGUUUUAUCCCAAAGUAGUGCUUACCCAUUUAUCUGUCGCCAUUUCUCAAUGCCGGCGUGAUGAAAGUAUCGCACCAUUUUUGGGUUCACGGUCUCAGCUUCAAAAGUGUGUACCAGAGGGCAGUGCAUCUGCUCAGCCAACAUUUUUGCGUGGCAUUUUAACAUUUAUGCUGGAUGGCAGCCGUUGCUACGUACUUUGUUGUUAAUCAGUCUUGUUACCAUCUUAGGGAUUUGUAUAGACUGUAGACUUCAGCCGCGGUUGAACUCGAACAGUGAAGCGCCUUCGAGAUGAACUUCAACAGAGAGGGAAAUGAGAGCGAGUCUACCGGAUUCAGAAGCUAGGUGAAAGAACCCUCCCUCCACAAUGUCAUGUCUGUCCUGGAUACUGUCGUCACAACUUCAUUGUUUUCAAUUGUUGAAGUGGGAUCUGAUUUCGUAAUUUCAAACUCUAAAAAAUUUUGUUGAAGCAGAAGUUUAUCUACUUGAUCGAAUGGUCCAUUUCUUCUUAAUUUUGAAUCUAACUUCGACAACCUUUUGUUGGGUGCUAGUUGGCCUUUUGUCGUUACUUGUAAUAUCGACUUCUUUACAUGAUUGAGUGAACUGGGAAUGUGAGAAUUAGCAGAUACUGCGAUGGUUUUGUCUCCUUCGUUUUAUUGUGAAAUUGCUUGUGUUUAGCAUCCAUGUUCGAGAGCUCUCUUAGGCGAAACCUCGAGGCUUUCUCAUUUGUAAGGCUAGUAGAUGCGAAACUGGCCUUCGUCCAAAAAAUACGUUGCACGUCAGUUGGGUAUUCCGCUGGCGUCAAUUUUUCACUAAAGUUGUACUUACAAAAGUGAGUAGAAACUAUUUUAAGAAGUAUUAUUGUCGCCGGUCUGGUUCACACACCUUGUCCAUUUAGCUGACACAAUACCUCUCAACCGAGCCGAACGAACUGCAACUCCAGCCGAAUAGGCAAGGCCCUCAAUCGAACGCGCAUCACUUCAUGUUUACAGGCACCAUAAAUAAUGCAGCCGUCACGCGGAAGCAAAUUAUGCCAAUUCUCGUUAGUUUUCUGCAGCGAAUGAGGUCUUCAUCAGCGGACAGUUGAGUAGAAGGGUGAGUCCCACGUUUUUAGAGAUAUUCUACCCUUUUUUACCGCUUUCUGAAUAGCCACUUUCCAGUGAGGCCAUUGGCCUUGUCAUUACUUUCACUUUUAAACACACAACUUGCCUAAAUGUUUGCUGUCAUGCGAAGCUGAAACCUUUAUUUAUUUGGCCUUACUAAUUCCCUGUUGCAUUUUUUAAAAGUAGUUUCAAAACGCAAACUGAAGCCAAAAACUUUAAGUUGGCUUUUAAAUAGAAGGUGUGUCUAAUUCAACUGCUAUUGUUCUGGGAUUUUCUUCCUGAAUUCCCCUUCCAUUCUGUUCACCUAACAAUACCUAGUGCUACUUAGAUGUCAUUUCAGCGUUGUCCUAGCAUACAUCAAAGACUUCCUGAUUAUCGGCUCCGGUUAGCAGCUGACGCUUUGCUUAAAAUAAUGCAUUUAUAAUUUGGAUAAUCCAUGUCAGUGAUGCGCCGGCGUAUCGCUGUAUUUCUGUGUAAGCGGCAUCCCGGUAAUUUGACUGGCCCCUGUUUAACUGAGUUGUCAUUUUUACCCACCCACUGGACAGCUUCUACGCACUUCACUGCUUAUUGUUGUUCUGGUCAGUUGCGUGAAACAAAUGUUCGGAUACUGAAUAUUGUCGAUUCGCUCACUUACGCCGUUUAAGUAUAAUACGAUUGAAUUUCUGCGCCGACCAACCACAUCUGUCCCAAGGGCUUAACGUCUUAUGCCUCGCUGACCAAUCCUGGCAUAGAAAGAGGGGACUUGACGCACACAGAACAAAAGUGGAUCGCUGUUUCACAAUAUGAUGUUUGUCUGACUUUUUCCUGUUCUGAGGUUUUUGUCCCUCCAAUCAAACGUUGGCUCCCCGAUCUUCACGACCUCAGGCUAAUGCUAUCACUUUUUCAUCUCAAAGAAAGGGCGAUAUGCUCCAUCCACAUUGAGCCAUAUAUCGUAGUCAGAAACAGUCAGAAUCCAAAUUUCACUAGACGGACUUUAUACGGGUCUUGUAGAAAUAUUUUGUAGUAUCCAACCACCCUCCCGCCCCAGUUUUUAGAGUCCGUUACAUCACACAACACACGCUGUUUUACUCGGUCCCUCCUAUUUUACUUUGGCGGAAAUAAAUGUUGUCUGGAACUAGUAGACAUUGCGAUCCUACCAAUGAUACCCUUUAUAGUAACAGACCCCUGGGAGUUGUAUGGGCUAGACCCGCUACCCACCCGCGUAUCUGUGGGUUGACUACGCAUCUGUGGCUGACUACGGCAAGCAAGUCGUGAAUAGACACUCCAAUGUCCUUAUAUUUAUCGUAAAACCUCUUAAUGAAGAAAUAUGACUGUGGGUCUUCGAACUAUUAGCGCAAAUUCGUCCCGAGGGAAGAUAACCUCACAGGGUGUGGAUCAAACGCUGGAGGGUGAGGCGCCGGGGUCUACGAUCGGUUCUCCCAUACUGCGAAUCUGAUGGUCGGAAGAGAGCAAGAAUAUGCAAUAUGUUCGCUAAGAACUGAAUCGCUACUAGCGUGUUAUGCGCACGAGCCAGGGGCUUGGAGGUGGGAGCGAACGAUGGAGCGCGAAUUGAGGCCGACAGAACGACUAGGACUGUUCCCAUUGAAAUGCUAGGCGUUGAUAAACUCCCGCGUCCUUGUGGUAAUCGUUGUGCCAAUAACGUCAGUGAAAUCCCAGCCAGGACCAUAACGUUGCCUAUGCGCAUCAUUAGUAGUAAGGACUAAACGGAUUUUGUUGUCUAUGUGCGAACCAAACAAGAUUUCCAGUUAAAGCAGUCGCUGGGCACCUUUGUUAACUGUGUUCAUUGGAAAACUGUCUAGCUAGAGAACUGCGUCAUAAAGCAUUUAUCUCACCAUAAUUGUUGAUUUUUAAACGACUGAUUUAGAGGGCUUUGACAGUUCGACCGUCGCAUCCAACGAUGUCCACCAUGUGCUCCGCAGCAAGGCGAAACAGGCUCGGUGAUUUGCGCUUGAUUUAGUUUAUGAUAAACAUAGACUUGCGCGGCAUCCACCGCACUCUUUCUCCCCCGCCUGGACCCGGUGUCAAGACAGAGUCAAGAAUACCGGAGACGGGGGAUGGCGCAGGUGGAUGGCACGGUCGAGCCCGCACCUUGGCACGCCACACCGCACCCCCUGGUCCACACAGCAAAUGACCAGGAUUUUGACCAACAGCAAAAUAGGAGAAGGAUGCUCUACUGGCCAGAGUGCUUAAGCAACGUGCAAAUGAAUUUCUUUUCUUUAAAUGGGGCGUAACGAUGACACCUAAAGUUGAGUUAGAAAUUGAUUACCGUGUGUGGAAUCCGCAAACAUGCUCAUGCCUGUUAAACGCAUAUAGCACCCCACACAGAAGAGACCAGGCGUCCAUAAAAUUACCCUGUCAUGGGGCUGGUAAUGAUGACGAUGCUGAUGACACCAAGUUUUCAAGCUUGCUAGUGAGUAAUUUCUGGACUCGGUCGUCUGGCUUUAAAAAACUAUCCAGUACCCUCAUGUCUUGCCAACGUAAACUUGGAUUCCUAUGAAUUGAAUGCUUGAGGUUAUAAAAAGUUGUUGGACUGGGCAGAAUAGACAAAAUGCCAGAUGUCUACAUAAUUUUCCUAGUGAUGGAAUGUCUGUUUUCACCUGCCCAAAUGACUGUUGACGCCUUCUCAUUCUUUCCUAUUUAAUUGGGGACCUCUUUAGUGCACAGACUUCUCUGUCCUCGCGGCAGUAUUUUUCGACGGUCGCGGGUGCUCUUAUCUGCCCAAGUUCGCCCUAUGCCCAUCUGAUUUUUGAGACAGUAUCUGGUGUCGAUGUUGACUCCGUAACUCAGCCGACCUUCAUUGACUAGCACAAUACUCUUAUCUGGCUUUGUUUUCCUUAUUGCUACCAGCAAAAUCUGAUAACUGGAUCCCACAGUGAUCCCAAGAACAAUUACUGCUUUCCGUGUAUAGGUGAAUUUAAUCGUACAAAUAGAUGAAUCCGCAUAAAUCACUGCAUAUUUCGCUUACUCACAUGCAGCACUGUCGAGGCUGCGUCGUUUUUGACCAGGAUUUUUGUGUCAGCUGAGGCAGUAAAGUGAAACAAGGGACUUGUCUAACAUAAUUCUGGUUGUUUUUUACAUUUCCCAUUUAUUUGCUGCUGUUGUUUGUCCGUUGUAUAAGAAUACUCAGUCUCUUAAUAAAAGGAAAGGGUGAAGGAUCUUCCAUUGUUGGAACGGUCAUGCUUCAAGACUACGGCUUUGUCAAUCGCCAAUUCGAAGCUUUACCUUUUUGUGCACACUAAGCGUCUUACUGCCGUCAGUGCUCUGCGUUUAUGACAUUCGUCUGUGCAAUGUGAAUGUCUGAUGUGAGUACGGUGACUGCCCCCAGUUUUUGCCGACCUAUUCGCUUAGUAGUAAACAAUCACAGACUUUCCGCAGAGUAUUUAGUAAUUUAUGAUCUCCGGAACGUUCCCUGCAUCGUGUGUGCCGAUCUUAACGUGUUCCGAACUCACAGUCGGCCGUCCGACAAUUGCGCGCAGCCUCCAAACAGUUUCCAGUUUGCGAGAUAAUGAUUGGCCAUGAAGUCGUACAAAGACAGAAAUUGUGACCUUAGGAACAGUUCUAAGCCAGGGAGUUUGGCUUGCCGCCGCCACUAAUGACUGAAUUUCAACCAAAUUAGGUCAACUUCCUCACUCCUAAUAUGCCCACACAAUCUAUUGUCGACCCAAAUGUGAUUAAACUCGCGUCGUCCGGCCGGGGCCUCGUAGCUCAAGUGGUUAGAGUGUUGGAUGUACUAAAGCCUUCCGCUCACUGCGUGGGUUCGAAUCCCACCGAGGCGCCGAGUUUCUCACAGUUGGGUCAAUAUAAAUUAUUCAAAAUCUGCCAAAACAUCUACGAGUUGUCUUAGUCUAAAAUCCCACCCCGCCAAGCGCUCUGCACCCACACUGCAUCCGGUGGUGACGCCUUUGCACUCGCUUCAAUCGGUAUUCACACUAACGUUUUUGCCCACUCGAGCAUGCAUUGAAUUAAAUUCAUUGCUUAUGGUUACCUUGAGGGACUUUGCCCGUGCACGUAUGCCUCUAAGUCUCAUGAUUGCAUCCUCUUCCUUGUGGACAUUGCCAACAGUUUUUAUAUGCCCUGAAAUGCCUCAAAAGUUAUAGUCGGACAAUCAAAAUGACUGGAUUUUUGGGAAAGCUUGCCAGUUUUCGGUGCGUAGCCAGGCAACGAAGGUCACACAUCUUGCGUGUACGUUGAUGAUGAUGAUAAGUUUGGGAAUCUCUGUUCCGAUGCCCACGGCUGUGGUGGGAGUUAUAGGGUUGUCUGACUUCCGCUAAUGCCCAAAAAGUUUACCCGCGCUGCCUUGACACUUCUCAAGAGAAGCAGUUUGAACUCACCAGGUAAAGCGUCCUUUGACAUUCCAUAGACGAUUUCUGGGAUUUUAUAUCUACAUCAUACGUAGGAUGAAGUUCACUGUGCAACAGACCUAUCUAAUCUGCAGUGUACCGCCUCCCCGACCGGAGCCAGCCCCAAGUCGAAGCUGAGUCUGUCUGCUGUCUUUCGUGACCGUUUGGUCUUUCAUUUCGGAAAAAUCCAAAUUCCAGUAUCUCAUCCCUAUCGCUGCCGGCUUUCGUAAUCGUCAUUUCAAAGCCAUCUACUGACUUCCUGUCUUAAAUUAAACCUAAACCCAGCUCAACUAGCGUCAUUUCAUACUUUCAUACUGGUUUCAAAGGGAAGCAAAUAGCCUUAUUACUACACACAUAUGCCUUGUAAGUUGGUUUGCCCACGACAUUUAGAAAAGUUCAAGGAAGGCCUGAAGAUACACGCCUUCCACGCCUUUUAUCGGCUUUAACGUUAUCCCAAUUAACGCUUGAUUUGAUCACCAAAUUAGCGGGCAAACAUUCUCUGGCUAGAAUUUGAACGCAUAAGAGACUAUUUCCCCAUAUCUUUUGCUGUUCCUAGUCUUCCUCCUCCAGUCCGAAUGGGCGCGUUGGCAUCAAACACUUUUUGGUCUGAUCUGUAUUUUCCUCCUUUUUCUCUUUCCGCAGUAG